GCAAUGGGCGGGGCUAAGGCUGCAGGUUGGAAAACAGGAUAAGCUCUGAUCUGUUUGUGGGUGAGGCGCUGUGUGGCGUUCUUCGCUACUUUUUUUGCACCAAUUUCUGUCCAUUUACACACCUUUUUUUUAAACCGUAGCAUUCCGUGCGUUAUGUUGCGCGACUUUCGAUCAACGGCGCACUCUAACCGCGCCACGUUCCAACGUGCGGAAAUCGCAGCGUUUCCACACGCUGUGGCUGCGCGAGACUGAAAAGUCGGCCGAGCGGGGGAGAGAAAAGUUGCGGACUUCCAGGAAAAGCACGAUUUCGCGGAUACAAUGUGGAACAUUGUGACUACGACGUGAACGAGCGGUUGCAGCAAAUCGGUUUCGAGGAUUUCACCCGUGUGGACUCGCCCGUUCGCCAUAUUUCCGCGCCUGGAAACUCCGGGUGAAAGUUACGAGACAGCGAGAGUUAUGACAUUUGUGGCGCACAAUCCCUUCAUGGAACUGCAUGACUUUGAUCGCCACCAAAUGGACUCUUCGGGGCCGGGCAUGGAAAACCAACGGUGUCAUUCAUAAGGUGCGGCACCCUAAAGAGGAUGUGAAGAAAAGGCUUCAAACUUGAGUUGAGAUUCUACACUUCCUUUCGGAUUGAUCCUUCCACAUGCCAUCUGAGUACAAAAGGCAAGCGCAGGAAGUAAAAGCCCACUACGAGACGCGGACGUCAAGAUCUUCUCGCCAUGAGUCUUCCUCCUCAAAUGAGUACUGACAAGAGCAGCAAGCAUCGGGCAGUGGCGGCAAUGAAAGAGCCCUUGCAGCAUUCAGGGGAGGUUUAUUACGGACUAGGUCCUCCGUCUUUGGAGUCAAUCCAGAGUGACUCAGCUGGCAGCUCUGGUGUAUACAACCCAGAGAAAGGGCCUCAGGUUCUCCCUCCUUAUCAGCAGGUGGCCCCGGUAAAGUGGGUGCACCAGGACUCCUUACAAGCUCCCAGCUGGCCUCAGGAAGCUCCUGUGCCAGGUUGGAGCCAGAACUUUGGGGCGUAUAUGGGUGGCGUGAACGCCCGAGGGCAAAUGGCAUUCCAUAAGGUAGUCCACGACCCUCUUCAGAUGGGCAGCGAAAAUCAGCAGGUUUACAGAGAUUCACCCCGGGCUCCAGCUCAGGCCAGGGGGCUGGAAUGGGAGCAGCAUGCCAUGCAGCAGGCCCAGCUGCAGGCCUAUCAGCACAAAAGCGUGGAGCUGCAGGGUGCGGCCCACGUGCCUGCUCACAACAUGCAGGGCUCCAUCCUGCAGCCCUUCCAGACAACGUUCAACAAGCAGCAGUUCUCGCAGGGAUACUACUCGGUUUACCCGGGCAACAAGGGAAUGCAGGGCUUGCCUUACGGCGAGCAGCCCAAAACGCAACAGCAACAACAACAGCUGCUUCACCACAUGCAGCAGCAGCAGUUGCAACAGCAGCAGCAGUUGCAGAAACAGCACCAACUACAGCUGCAGCAGCAACUUCAACAACAGCAGCAGCAGCAACAGCAACAGCAGCAAAUGCAACAGCAACAAAUGCAGCAUAUGCAACAACAGUAUCAUCAACAACAGCAGCAGCAGCAGCAGCAGCUACAUGAGCGACAGCAACAAAUGCACAAAAUGCAUCAGCAGCAGCAAGGACAAAACAUCCCCCAGCAGCAGGACACGCAACCUCCUAAUUUCGUCACCUAUCAGCCUUCGGAACCCUGUCCGCCUGAUGUCGUGUCCAAAAAGGAAGCAGCGCCGAUAGCAGAGCCGCCAAACGAAGUCCAACCUGAGCCAUACCCCUUGGAACCUUCGGACGCAACGCCGGCCAUCCCGAGACGCUCGCGCCGCAUUUCCAGAGACGGCGAGUCCCCGUUGGCCCCGCCUUCGACCAACAUGUGGCCUCAAGCACCCAAAGAAAGCUCCCAGAAUGGAGUAUCUGUGCAGCAGGUUGCACCGCCAGGGGACGCCGCAGCCGCGACGGGGGGUGUCAUCCAGAGCACCCGGAGGAAACGGAGGGCGUCCAAGGAGAUCAACCUGGAGACUCUUGCCCAGAAGGCGUCCGAGAUGCCCUCCAUGCCUGAAUCGCUGUCGGCUUGCAAAACUGAGGGAGACGUUCCUCGAGGCAAACACGCCACCAUGGUCCCUUUAAUCAUGCCUGUGUCAGUGCCAGUUCACAGGCUUCCACUACCCGGUCACAGCGCGCCGGCACACGGACGAGCGGGCCAGGCCGAGCGGCCCUCGGUGACGUCUGACUGCAAACCGUCCGUCAUCGUGGCUCGCCGCAGAUCUCUCAGAAACUCGGUGACAGACAACUUUGAGCAGGACGGAGAGAAUGAUCCCGGACUGGACGACGAAGGAAAAACCAAACAAAAGCGCAGACCCCGGCCCGAGCCUCUCAUCAUCCCUCCGCCCAGACCUUCCACGCUGAUCCCGGCGUCCGUUUACUCCAGCAUCACCGCCUACCAAAGCAACCUGCGCUCCCCCGUGCGCUUGCCAGACAACCCGCUCGCCUUGCCCCCCUAUACGCCCCCGCCCAUCCUAUCCCCCGUACGAGAAGGCUCGGGACUCUACUUCUCCACUUUCCUCACCAACUUUGCCGUGAGCAACCAGAUCCUCCCGCCGCUUGCGACGCCCAAGACGGCCACCAGAAGCCUCCUGCGCUCCACAAGUUCAGACAUCACACCGCCGGUUCUGCCCUUGAUCACUGACGCCACGCCUGUCAGCCUCGAGCCGCGCAUCAACAUCGGGCAGCCGUACCAAGCGGAAAUUCCCGAGUUGCGACACCAGCCUUUGGCUCAGUUUGACCCGCACAAGGCCGACUUGGUUUGGCUUCCUUUGCAUGAUGGCCAGCUUGAACAGAGAGACGCGGAGAGUGUGGAGAACCUGAUGAACAUGGCUUGUUCCAGUGUGCUCAGCGGAGGAGGAACCAACCAGGAGCUGGCUCUGCAUUGUUUACAUGAAAGUGGAGGCGAUUUCAUUGAGACCCUCCGACGUUUACUGCAUCAGGGUCCAAUCUUCCCGAAAGGCCAUCAACUGGCAGAUUAUCACUACUCAGGCGCCGAUCGGUGGAGUGCUGAGGAAAAGCAUUACUUCAACAAAGGGAUGUCUGCCUAUUGCAAGGAUUUCAUCUUGGUGCAGAAGCUGGUGCAGACCAAAACAGUGGCCCAGUGUGUUGAGUUCUACUACACGUACAAAAAGCAAGUCAAGAUCGCCCGCAAUGGGAUUUUGACCUACGGCCCUUCAAACUCGCCUGUGGAUAAAUACACAGAGGCUGUGGUGGACAUUAAGAGCUCUCAGCAAUCUAAACCCACGCACCUGCACACGGACGACAAGAAGGAGCUUUCGUCUGAGCAGCAGAACAACCAGCAAGCAAUGGUAGCGCAGUUACUUCAGGCUCAUGACUAUGCGGGUACUAUGCUGGUGGUCAAAGAGCCAGAGAACGUUGUCAAGGAUGCUGCCUACACAUCAGGUCCGCACAGGCCUCGCAACGACACUGCAGCAAAGAAGACAAAAGCGCCAGUCAAGCCCACUCCAGAUCCUGACGCAGUAUUUCCAUGCAAGAAGUGCGGCAGGGUGUUCAACAAAGUGAAGAGUCGCAGCGCCCACAUGAAGAGCCACGCCGAGCAAGAGAAGAAAGCCGCGGCUCUGCGCCAACGGGCGGCGGAGGAGCAGGCGGCGGCGGCGGCAGCGGCGGCUGCCCAAGCCCGCAAGGAAGCCUUGUUAGCGGUAGCGGCGGCGGCAUCCCACCAAGGCGGGAACGGAGCCGAGACCCAGGGGGAGCCCAGCAGCCAGGAGGACUCGUCAGAGGCGGAGGAGGACGACAACGACGAGGACUGGCGCUGAGACCAAACUGGAAUUUGCGGCUCAAUGGAUUUGAAGGGAUGGACGAAAAUGAUCAACGAGAGCAGAAAAAGCACAAAAGAAAUCUUUUAAGUCUUCCUGUGUAACUCUUGCACUCCUCUCCUGGCUGAU